AUGGCCCCGCCACCGCCCCCCAAACGCGUCAUUCGUACCUAUGGAAGGCCGAAGGAGCUUGCCCUAGUAGAGACAGUUAUUGUUCCCACUAGGUCCUCGACCCCUCCUCUGAAUCGAUUCACGAGGCGCAGGUCGCCCUCGCCAGCUGAUGACGGAGCCAGCGACGCGUUGUUCAAGUACAGAGGAGGGAGCAGUAUACGCAGUGCUUUGGCGGCCAUAGACGCUCAGUACGACAGCGAAGAAGAAUCUCAGCCCGCGCCCCAACCUGUAGUGGAGAAAAAAGACGACACCACCACCUCUCCCAUCCAGGAUACCCAUGCCUCUUCUCCCAAUCCCGAGCGACAUUCCCCCCCUUCCACUUUCCUUCACAGAGACACCUCAAAUCGGGUGGCCUUUUCUGAUGACGACUCUGAUGCGGAAAACCAGACGUCACCAGCAAAGCACCCCAUCCAUACGCCCAAAUCUCGACGCUCUUCAACGCCACCGACUUCGGAUGAUGAACUGCCUGAGCGUUUAUCCGUUGGCUCAAAACCGAAACCCAAGGCCAAACCGGUAAAUUCGCGCGCACCUUUGGCCUUCAGAGCCGAUACAAGGAAAGUUGCGCCGGAGGGAAGCAGCAAAAAGCCGAAAAUCAAGGCUCCAACCAAGAAAGAGCUAGAUGAAACUAGACGAGAACGUGGCCGCAUUGCUGCCGAGACUAAGACUGGUCUGCAACGAGUGGAGAAGCCUGCUCGUUAUACCAUGAGCAAUCUUUUCCAGGGGCUGACAAAUCCAGGGUUGAGCGCACUUGGGCGGACUGCGUCGUUGGACGAUCCCAUCACCAACUUUUCUUCAUCUCCUCAGCCUCCCCCAAUUCCUAUUCCUCGCAAUGAGGACCAGAGUGUUGCGCCGCCUCCUUUCCUUGCGCCCGAGCCUCAACGGAAGUCAAGCGAUUUGCCCCCAUUGGACGAUUCAGAUGACGAUCUCCCGGAUGCGUCUAUUUUGCUGACAGAAGCCAAGCAAGGAUAUGAACGAGCUCAAAGACAGCAGGAAUUGGCAGACAAGAAGGCAAUGCUUGUUGCGCAACAACGAACCGCUCCUCCUCCUCAGCAUCUGGACGACGAUGACGACGAUUUAAUCGUCCAGCCCAAACCCAAGUCGUCGUCGUCGUUGGAGAAGAAACCACGACUGAGUGAGGCUCGCAAACGGCAAAUGCUGAUCGGCGAAUUCGGACGUGCAAGUGGCAGCAGAGGCAUAACUCAAAUGCGGGACCAAGUGAUGAAAGACUUGAAGAGACAAGUUCAGCGAGAUACGGCAAGCAUUGUCAACGAGAAAGAGGAUGAGUGGGCGAGGCGUGGAGGGACUGUCAUGACUACCGGUGCUAGUGCCGUGCAGAACAGUGUGAUGAUGGAUGAAGCCAUUAAAGCGAUUGCAGAGAGGGGCAAGAUCACUGCUGAAGCUCGGGAGGCAAGGAUGCAACUUGACCACGCUCCAAAUGACGGAGAUGACGACGAUAGCGACGAUGAAGACUGGCAGGAGGACGCUGGCGAUGCUGACAUUACGAUGGUGGAAGAGAAUGAAGAAGAAGAAGACAACGACGAAGCACCAAUUCAAACUGCCAAAGGUCGAUCCAAGCGACUAGUCAUAGACUCCGACGACGAGCAGGAGAAUGAUCAAGGAGACAAAGAAAACGACGGAAUGUCCAUGUUUGACCCAACUGCCGACAAGGAGAAUGAAGGUAUCCGACGACAGCCUCUGGGUUCAUUGCUGCGACCUAAACUCGUUGGCCGACAAAGCUCAUUACUUGGUCUUGAAGAAGGGUUUAGUCGGAGGAUGUCGAUGUCUCCUGGCGAUGUAGCUGAGGACGAAAACGAAAACGCCGAGAAUGUGCGACCGGAUAACAGGAGAGCUUUAACCAGAUUGUCGUCAGACGAAGAUCUGUUUAUUUCGGAGCCUGCUUCACACAACUUGCAGUUUGCGGAACGCCUAAAACGAUCAUCGCCAACGUCGACUCAGCCUGGCACACCCGAACUUACUCUUCGCCCAACAUUGGAACCAGAACCGUUUGGGGCGAAGUUGAAGUCGAUUGAAGGCUUCUCGCAGUUUUCAGAUGACGAUUCAGUGACGAAACCAACGGUGUUACAGCCAGGCUUCUCUGAUUUGUUCGAGGCUGGAUCAGAGCAGCAGCCACAACGACAAAGCGAAAGUCGAGGAGCGUCGUUUCGAGAUAAGUCACUGUUUGAUCAACUUCGGAAACCUGCAGUGUUCGGUCUCACUCAGGAUGUCGAGUUGCAGCCUGCAUUCGAGGUCGGAGACCGUCUUCGAGAGAAAGCGGACACGAUCUUUGCGAAGGAACAGGAAUAUUUGUUGCAAGCGGCCAACAAGAACACGGAGAACAGACAGCCACAAUUAUACGUGGAUGAGAAUGGAUUUCUCACUCAGACGCGACCUGACGGUGAAGAGGAACCAGAAUUGUACCAACCUUCAUCGCCGGUCUGGGACUCCUCUGCUCAGCUUUCGCCAUCUCUAUCUCACAUUCAACCUCAAACACAACCAGGCUCCACUUCUUCAUCUAGACAGGAUCCGACGUCACUGCGAAUUCCCUUGAGAACGUUAUCACUCAAGCCUGGCGACCUGGAAAGUCCAGAAUCUCCUGUACCUUCUCCUCGAAGGCGGCUGGUCAAGGGUCAACGACCUGUAUUCAGCCCACCUGACAGUCCCACAUUGAAGUCCUCGGUCAAUGUCUUUGAUGUGCUUCAGGGAAAGACCACGUCGCGCAAGGAGAAGAAACCGCUGCAAAAGUCAGAAUUCAUCGAGGGUGAGGCAGAGGAAUCUGAUGAUGACGAAGUAAUAUUUCGACGCUCUGGGGAUGGAGAAGAAGAGGAAGACGAUGAAGACCAAGACCAGUCUCUGCAAACACUAGUAGACGACCAGGAAAUGGAUGAAAACACCAUGGCGACAGCAGCUGUUAUCGAAAAGUUCCAGGAGCAUCAGCAUCAAGACGACCUUGAAAUCGAGAAGCUUCAUCAGGCUGCAGUUCACGGUCAAUUGCGCAAAAAGCGGCGCAUUGGUGUCGGGCUUGAUGAUAGUGACGACGACGACGAUAUCGAGGACUUCCGAGCGAAGCGAAUGCGGCGAGGUAUGGGCGAAGUUCGUAUCGACCGUGGCGACAUCAAAGACCUCGCUAACAACCCUUCCACUGUGCCGUUCUUCCAAGUAUAUGCAGACGAUUUGAAGCAUGGUGACGAACCCGAAUUUGCCUAUUUAUUGCAGGGAGAAUCCCAGCCCCUUCCCGAAGACAUUCCGAUGGCCAAUUAUGAGGAGGAAGGAGAGGGCGAAGAAGAGCAAGAAAUUGUAACAACAGCCGAAGUCCGGAGACGCGCCCAGGAGAUGGCUCGGAAUGGGGAAUUUGACGAGCUGCCUUCAAUGGAUGCGGAGGACAUUUCUUGGAUCGACAGACACUUGGAGGACGAUGAGGAAACACAGACUAAAAUUGUGUCAAUCGCGCGGAGGCCACAAAAACGGCCAAGCACGGACGCGCGCAAUGAGGAGCGACUGAGCAAAUGGCACAAGAAUGAAGCUCGCUCGUCGCGAAACGCGGGAACUGGACGUGCUUCAGGCAGCACAGCAGUCACAGCCCAUCGCCCGAGUGUCAAACCAACAGCCUCAACUUCAUCGGGUGUCAAGAAACCUGGUGAUGCUCGGAGACCAGUCAAGCACCAGGCGAGCGUUUUGGCGACUGUAGCGACAGACCGUAGCUCGCGAUUUUUGUGA